UAAGGCAACCGUGAGUAACAGAGAGAAGUACAGCCUGGCACCCUUAAAGUGCUCUACCUGCAGUCAACUCCAUUAUAAAGGUUAGUUCUUGAAAACAUCAGUUUCUACACAUAAGGUACAGCAACAUCCCGAGGAGUUUUUGAAAUGGAGAAAGCCAACAGUGAACAGACAGUUACAAGCUACAACCCUGCUUACACACUGACACAGGCACUCCCUGGAUACACUCCUCAAGGGAACCCCCAGCAGGGCCACCCUCCCCCUGCCAAUUCAGGAUCCAGAGUAGCUUCUGGGAACCCUGCUUCUCUCUCCCCAGCACCACCAGGGACAGGAUUCACAGCAGGGCCCUCAAUCCCACAGGAUGACCCUCCGCCAGAGUAUUCCGAUAGCUUUGCUGAUGCACCAAACAAUGAUUUUUCUGAGAAGGCCAUUAGAAGAGCUUUUAUUAGGAAAGUCUACCUAAUCUUGAUGGCCCAGUUAAUAAUUACUGUUGGUUUCAUCUGCAUGUUUUUGUACUGGAACACACUCAAUGAUUGGGUAAUGAUGAAUCCAUGGUUUACCUUUACCUUGAUUCCUGUGCUGUUUGUUCUGAUCAUUGUCAUGUCUUGUUUUGAAAAAGCCCGCCGGAAAGUCCCAUUAAAUUUCAUUUUCCUCACAUUGUUUACUAUUGUUGAAGGUCUGAUGCUUGGGUCCAUCACAGUUUUUUUCACAGCUGAUGCUGUGAUGUGGGCUGUUGGAGCGACAGCAUUUGUAUCUUUUGGACUGUCAGCAUUUGCAAUGCAAACCAAAGUGGACUUCACCAUAGCAGCUGGAACAAUAUGGGCUAUUUGCUUGUCACUGUUAGCACUUGGAAUACUAUGUGCAAUCAUUCGGAGCUGUUGGCUGCAGAUAGUUUAUGCUUCCAUUGGAACGCUGAUCUUUGCAGUUUAUCUGGUUAUUGACACUCAGUUGAUGUUGGGAGGAAAUCACAAAUACAGCAUAAACCCAGAGGAGUAUGUAUUUGCUGCACUGAACUUGUACCUGGAUGUAAUUACACUGUUCUUGUUCAUUCUACAGAUAAUAGGAAUAGGCAAAUAAUGCCUUACAAAAACUCUCAUUGUCCUGUAAAUUGGAUUAUAAACCACAAAUUAAAUAUUGCUACUUGUGUGUGUUGACUUCAAAACAGAUCAUUCGAAUUAUAUUAAAAUGAAAAACUAACUAACUUUUUGUCAGUGAUUUUAGAGCCCAUGAUGGUUUUGUAUUGUAGCAAGAGAAAUUUUAAAAACUUGUGAACAGAUCUUAUUCCAAACACUUGUAUAGUACUUUUAUUAAUAUAAACUAUAUA